AUGAGAUUUAUAAAGAUUGAUGAUGAUGAUUUAGAUAAAAUUUUUAUACAAAUAUUUAGUUAUACAAUUGUUGGUAGUGAGUGUUGUGUUGUGUUAUGUCAUUUAAAUACAUUUAUUGGUAAACAAUCUAUCUAUCUAUCGUCUUGUGUAAAUAUCUAUUUCAAAUCUAAAUCGAUUGUUAUGUUAGGAUGUUUAGAAAUCAUUAAAUUGAAAGCAAGAUUGAUCGCGAAUCCCCAUAUCUUUAAUCGACUAAUUUUAGAUAUGAUUAGCUAUUAUGGUUCAAAUGAACCAUUAUCGAAGGAUACUAAUAGUUUACCACAAAGAGACCUUCCCAUUAAUUUUGAUCCUGACCAAAAAGAUCAAUCCUCCUCAGAAUCAUCCUCAGACACCUCUACCCCACUUCCUAGAUUAUCAAUUCCUUCGCCAUUGCCGAACACAGUUAUCUUCGACCCAAAUUUAAGAAGCUUUUCAAACUCAGAAACGGUAUUACUAUUGGAUCCGGAAGAAAGAAAAAAGAAGGAUCAAAUCAAGAAGAAAAUCUCAACAAAACCCAUUUUACAUAGUAAAUGGUUCAUCAUUCCAAGAGAUUGGUAUGAAGACUGGGAGUCCAAUAAAAAGGAAGGAAAAGUUUUAAGAAAAAUUCAUAAUAAACAUCUCCUGAAUCCUGGAUCACUGCAUCUUAAAGAGGACUACUAUAUGGAUAUAGUUGCUGUUCCUGAAGAAGUUUGGAAAUACUUUUCGGAGGAGUUUGGAUCUGAUACGGAGAUUAGAAGAAUUGUAAGAGACUUUAAUAAUAUUCCUCAAAUUGAUAUGGAGAAUCUUACUCUUAGUUUAAAUUUUUAUUUGGCUUCAAACCCAAAUAAAAUUCUCAAUCUCUGUGUCUCUUAUGAUAAUACAAUAUGGGAAAUUAAAGAAAGAGUAUGUGAUGAAAUGUAUCUAAGUCCAUAUAAUUGUGACUUUUGGGGUGAUCAUCAAGGAAAGCCUUUUUCGAAGCUGGAGGACAAAAAAAAAGUUGAAAAAACUUUGUUAACUGAAGAUCAAAUGGUUCGCAUAGUGGAGAAAAAGAUAAUCUCAACAAAGAUAGAUUUAAAACAUUAA